GGGGCGGGUGGCUGGCCCUGCGAGCGCGCACUUCGCGCUCUGGCUGGGCGCCACCCCUUCGCCGCGCCGACCGCUCUCCGCAGCGCGGGGGCCAUGCUGCCCCUGACUCCCCUUCCGGGCGAUGGUGCGGUCUGAGGACGCCUCCAUCCCCCGCCACCGCCGCUGACUCCGGUCCCCCACUCCAUGGCCGCCUCGGCGCCGCCCCCACCGGACAAGCUGGAGGGAGGUGGCGGCCCCGCACCGCCCCCUGCGCCGCCCAGCACCGGGAGGAAGCAGGGCAAGGCCGGUCUGCAAAUGAAGAGCCCAGAAAAGAAGCGAAGGAAGUCAAAUACUCAGGGCCCUGCAUAUUCACAUCUGACAGAGUUUGCACCACCACCAACUCCCAUGGUGGAUCACCUGGUUGCGUCCAACCCUUUUGAGGAUGACUUCGGAGCCCCUAAGGUGGCAGCCCCAACAGCCCCUGGGACCUCAGCAACUAUGGCCUCCUGCCCAGACUCAGAUAAUAGCUGGGUGCUUGCCGGCUCAGAGAACCUACCUGUGGAAACCUUGGGCCCUGAACACAGGACAGAUCCAGAAUCUAAGAGAUCUACUCAGGACCCUGGGAUCAUCUCCAAGGCAGAUGGUGAAGAAUUAGUUGAGACCUUGGAUGGAGAAGGAACCCUCUUCCAGACUGAAAGCCCCCAGAAUGAAAGUCCCACUCAGGAAGAAGAGACCAAGGCCAAGGGUGUUCUGGAAGGUGAUGAUCAUGGUAUGGAGCCUCCUGGUCCAGGAGACACAUUGGUCCAGGAAGACUUGCCGGAGACUUCCAUGGUGACAAGCCUGGGACCAGACACAGAGGACCUGGAGAAUCCUCCCCCAAGUCCCAAAACAGUUUGGAUCAGGGAGGAGGGCCGCUGCUCUAGCAGUGAGGAUGACACUGACGUGGAUGUGGAGGGUCUGCGGCGACGGCGAGGCCGGGAGCCUAGCCCACUGAAGCCUGUGGUGUCCUUGGAUGUAGAAGACCAGGCCAGAGGCGAGGGUUCAGGUGGGGAGCUGGGCAUCUCCCUCAACAUGUGCCUCCUUGGGGCCCUAGUUCUGCUGGGCCUGGGGAUCCUCCUCUUCUCAGGUGGUCUCUCAGAGUCAGAGACUGGGACCAUGGAGGAGGCAGAGCUGCAGGUCUUCCCAGAUCCUGGGUUGGAGGCUGAGCUGGUGGAUGCUGUUGGGGAUAGGCAGGAUGGGCUAAGGGAACAGCUUCAGGCCUCAGUGCCCUCUGAUGGUGUCCCUAGUCUGCAGAACAUGGGCCUUCUGCUGGACAAGCUGGCCAAGGAGAACCAGGACAUCCGGCUGCUACAGGCCCAGCUACAGGCCCAGAAAGAAGAACUUCAGAGCCUGAUGCAGCAACCCAAAGGGCUGGAGGAGGAGAAUGCCCGGCUCCGGGGAGCCCUGCAGCAGGGUGAGGCCUCCCAGAAGGCCCUGGAGUCAGAGCUGCAGCAGCUGAGGGCUCGGCUCCAGGGGCUAGAGGCCAACUGUGUUCGUGGCCCAGAUGGGGUAUGCCUCAACUGGGGCAGAGGCCCGCAGGGUGGCAAGGCCACUGAAGAGCAAGGUCAUAGGGGACAGGAGCCAGACCCUGGCUUCCUGGAGCAGCAGAAACGGCUGGAGGCUGAGGCCCAGGCCCUUAGGCAGGAGCUUCAGAGGCAGCGGAGGUUGCUGGGGUCUGUGCAGCAGGACCUGCAGAGGGGCUUGAAGGUAGCUGGCCGAGGAGCCCCUGCUCAUGCCAGCCUGACGGAACUGGGCCACAGGUUGGCUCAGACUCUGCAGGGCUUGGAGCACUGGGGCAAGGAUCCUGCUGUGCAUGCCAAUGCAUCUGAGUCCUGGUAUCAGAAGCCUCGCUUCCAGAAUCCCAGAGAGUGGAGUGGAAAAGAAAAAUGGCACAAUGGGCAGAGGGACAGAAAGGCUGAGCACUGGAAGCAUAAGAAGGAGGAAUUUAGCUGGGAGAAGAAGAAGAAGAGCUGGGAGGGCGAGGAGGACCAAGGGCUAUCAGGGAGGUGGAAAGAGGGUAAGCAGAGGGUAGAGGAGUCGGGGAGCAGGAAGGAUGGCAAACGACAGGACCCCAAAGAAUCCCAAAGGAAAAGUGGGAGCCCCCACUCUGAAGAAAGGCAGAAGCAUCCUUGGGGGAGGGAGGGAGCUAAAGGCAGUCAUGAUCCCUUGCCCCCUUGGGAGCAGCUUUUGAGACACAAGUACCGGGCACCCCAGGGCUGCUCAGGUGUGGAGGAGUGUGCCCGGCAGGAAGGCCUAGCCUUCUUUGGCAUGGAGCUGGCCCCGGUACGACAACAUGAGCUGGCUGCUUUGCUGAGAACAUACCUGGCACGCCUGCCUUGGGCAGGGCAACUGACCAAGGAGCUGCCCCUCUCACCUGCUUACUUUGGUGAGGAUGGUAUCUUCCGUCAUGACCGCCUUCGCUUCCGGGAUUUUGUGGAUGCUUUGGAGGACAGCCUGGAGGAGGUGGCGGUACGACAGACAGGUGACGAUGACGAAGUUGAUGACUUUGAGGACUUCAUCUUCAGCCACUUCUUUGGUGAUAAAGCACUGAAGAAGAGGUCAGGGAAAAAGGACAAGCACUUGCGGAACCCCAGAGUCAUGGGGUCCCGGGAGGAGCACAGCUACUACCACCACCAUCAGCAUCACCACAGGGGCUGAUUCCUGCACCUGCCCUGGGGAGUGGCCUAGCCCACCAUCCCCAUCUGAACCCUAGAGACCAAGCUCCCACCAUCCAGCUGUCCUCCCUUGGCUCUUUGGUGUCCUUGGAUGUCCUUCACUGUGGAAAGAGACAGCACCCAGUCCUGCACUGAUUCCACUUUCAUUAGAAAAAGGCCUUUCCUGGACUUGCUGUUCUGUCUUUGCAAAUGUAUGCAAAUACCCCGGCCCGGGCUGCACCCUGCAGCCUGAUUGUGUGGUGCCAAUGUGCCAGGGCCCUUGGGAGAGGAGUGGGGAGGAUGGGUGGGUUUCUGAACCUGAAGCCAAAGAGCUUUUGUCCUCUUGUGUAUGUGUGUUAUGUCCUCCUCCACAUGCUGACAAGGCGCCUUCUGGGACGGGACUAGAGCUGCUGGCUGGAAGCCCAGCGUGAGGACUUGCCCUGGGGUUUUGUUAGAUUUAGAAGUAACUGUCCUCUGGGGGAGGGGGGGUGAAGUCCCCUUUUACUCCUGCUUUUCACAUGGCCUUACCUCCCCAUGUGAACUAUAGAGCUUUGCCCUUGAGGGGAGGGAGGCGGUUCUAAGCACAGGGGACACCUGAGUAGCUGGGUGCCCUCCUAGGCACUGGUACUUAGCUCCUUUUCCCAGAUGCCCUUUCCUUUGGCCUCACCUUCCUCAUGAAGCCUCCGCCUUUGAGGCUGGGUCCUCAUGUUAUCCAAUGCUGCACUGUCUGUCCCACUGGCUGAUGGAAAAAUGUCAGCUUUGGAGUCUAACGCCAUGAGCUCCAAUCCAGGCUGGGUGGUCCUGGGGUAAGUCAUCUCUGGGGAUACUGGGUUAUUGUCCUCAGAAACAGAGAUGAAAGGACUGAGAGAGGAAAUAAAGCAAAUGGAUGUCCUGUU